GUUUAUUAAUCAUUAAAGCUACGUAACUAGGUUAACAACUUGUUUUCGUUCGUAUCUUCAAAAAAUAGGGAUCGUCCAAUCUUUAAGGGCUGCUUAGCUAAGCCUCAAGUUCAAGCCACAACAUUCCGUGAUCUUGUCCACAACCCGCUCGAUAACAUCGUUUAUUUAAAUAUUUUGAGUCUUUCAGUCUUUUGUUCAAGUUUCAAAUCCCUGCUAUAUGCUAUUCAUCUUUUUGAAUGAAUGUCAUCUCUGCGAUGUUAAGCUGCGGGAUACUUCGUAUUAUGUAGCGCCAAGUAAAAACCUACUACAGGCUACAUCUUGGGGUUCAACGUUCACUUUAAUGCCUUUCUAGGUCUCAAAUCGAAGACAUGGCCCAGACUUCCUAUGUCGCGAUGUCUAAAAGGCCUAUAACUCAAGAAGAUAUAGAAUAUUGGGCCAGAGAUAACCCCAACCGCCCUGGGACUAGACCCGAAAUUAGAAUCCAAAGCAUUUGCCAAUCGCUUGCGCCCGUCGCGCUACGAAUAACUUGGGCAGAAGAAGUUAUUGCCGCCGGCUUAGACGUUAACCAGCUGCUCCCUCAUUCAAGUCGGCCUUUGCAAGAAGCGAUUGAGAACCCUCAAAACCGCGACUGGCGCACCAUGACUACGCUGGAUCAUUACGAAAGCCUUGAUCUAGUGAAGUGGCUGUUGGACCAUGGUGCCGACCCUCGGCUGAGGGAUUGGGUUGCCGUUAGUGCGAUAGAUGAAGCGUUGAGAGACCCCUUUGCUUUAAAGGCUUAACAGCUAAGCUUCGUAACAGAUAAAGAGGUAGCCGAGAUGACCAUCUUGGCCCGCUGUAAAGACUUGUUUGGUGCGGGCAAGUACUUCCACGACCACUGGUGUGUUCUUUGUAGGCGCGGAUAUCUGGGGCAUAAGAAAGGUGAGCAAAAAAGGGACUGUGAAUAUUGCAAGGAAGAAAAGGAGUUUAACUGGCACUAUAGGCGCACUGAUGCAUGAAUGGUAUAUUAGAGAUAUAGAUAAACCCUGAAAAUCGGUUAGAAGGAAGUAGAGAGCAACUUGCUGUAU